CUACAACAACUCGAUAUACAUAUCCAUCAUCAAUAAAUUCAAAUUCAGGUUCAUUUUCUUCAUGGAUUCGAUCAGCAAAUACAAUAUUAACAUCAACUGAACAAGGUCUUAAUCGUCUUAGAAAUAUUUCUCAAUAUAUAAAUGAUGCACUUUUAAAACAUCAAUUAAAUAAUAUUCCAUCAAUAACAUUAUUAUUACAUAAUAUAUAUGAUAUAAUAGAAGAUCGUCUAACAGUUGUAUUAAAUCAAGAAUGUACACGUUAUCAAGUUCAUUUUGAACGUUUAUCACUUGAUGAAUAUGCACAAAUGGUUAAAUUAAUUGAAAAUUUUAUAUCAAAUAUAAAUGGUUAUGAUAAAAAAUAUAAUUCUCGACCAUUAAAAACAUUUUUACAAACACAAACAAGUAAAUUUUUAACACAUUUUCAUGAUGAAAGAAAACAACGUGUUGCACAGACAUUAGAUAAUGAACAAUGGAAACAAGUUCCUGUUCCUCGUUCAAUUCAAAAUUCAGUUGAUGAACUUUUUAAUUUAUCAUCUUCAAUAAAUCCAAAUAGUUCAGAAACAUUAAUUAUUGAUAAUGAAAAUUUUGUUUUGUCAAAUAGUGCUCUUCAUUUAUUUAUGUUGGUGCUUGAUUAUUGUUCAUGUGCUCAACUAUUAGUUUCAUCAUCUGUAAAUGAUAUUGACCAUCGCCUUAUUGAAUUACUUAAACUAUUUAAUUCUAAAACAUGUCAAUUAGUAUUAGGUGCUGGAGCUGUUAAAUUAGGAAAAAUUAAAACUAUUUCAGCAAAAAUUCUUGCUAUUACAUGUCGAUGUUUACAAUUUAUUAAAAUAAUAUUACCAAAAAUAAGAGCACAUUUUGAUCAAUUACAGACUUUAUCUGAAUCACCAUCAACAAUUUCAUCAAUUUCAUCUGCUAAACAAUUUGAACAAUUAAUAAAACUUUAUUCAGAACAUACUGAUGAAAUUCAUGGAAAAUUAAUUUCAAUAAUUGAAAGUACAUUUGGUGAUACACUUUCAUCAUAUGAAGUUCGUGCACCAAUGCCAAGUGAUUGUUUUCGUACACUCGUUACACGACAUAUAACUUCUUUUUAUAAUGCUGUUGCACGUAUUGUUUCACCAAGUGAUCUUAUUCUACUUUUUACUCGUCUUAAUUCAAUAUUUAAACAAUUAUUAGCAAAACGUUUACGUCAAUUAAGAAUUGCUAAUGAUGGUGGACCUCAGCAUGGACUUUUAACAAGUGACCUUUUGUAUUAUAUUAAACAAGUUCAAAGUUUUCCUGGACUUGAAAUGUUAGAAUUACAUGUUGAUGAAAUUUGGACGACAAAUUAA